AUGAGAACCGCUGCCUCUACAGGUCUCUUCUUAGGCCUUGCCUCUAUGGCGAGUGCUGUUAUGUAUGGAUACAACCACGUUCCUCUCAUAAAGGACACUGAAAUAGUUGCCGGUGCCUUCGAGAACGUCAAUGAUAUUGAACUCCUGUCCCCAGCCUUUUUGACGCCCAAUGUCCGGCUUCCUGGCUUCCCUAACGGCACUCAAGGGCCGUCUUCUCAAGAUGACAUGGAGGCAUUCCUCGAGCAACUGGCCGAACGCAACGAUUACAUGACCUAUCGCACCGCUAACUUCACCUCGGAAGAGGGCCGCUCUUUCCCCUACGCCCACCUCUCCGCUGGUCACUCCGUCUCUAAAGUGCGCGUGUGGAUCCAGGGCGCCGUUCAUGGUAACGAACCCGCUGGCGACGAGGCCACACAGGCCCUCCUGGGCAAGUUCGACGGCGACCAGGAGUGGGCUGCCUCCAUUCUUGACAAGCUAGAGCUGGUCGUUCUGCCGAGGUAUAAUCCCGAUGGCGUUUUCUACUUCCAGCGCACUCUAGCGACCAACUAUGACCCUAACCGCGACCAUAUCAAGCUUGCUCGCCAGCAGACGCGUGAUAUAAAACAGCUCAUGAACGAAUUCAAUCCUCAUGUUAUAGUCGAUAUGCACGAGUACUUUGCUGGGUCGCGUUUUGGCGACGGGCAGUAUGUCCACGGCUGCGACGGCCUGUACUCGGCCGCCAAGAACCUCAAUAUCAAUGAGGGUAUCCGCAAACUCUCCGAGGAGCUCUUUGCUAAGAAUAUUGCCGAAGAUAUGAAUGCCGCCGGUAUGCGCGCCGAGCCAUACGUUACCGGCUCUUCUGCUGCUUCGGGUUCCAACUUCGUCGCCGACUUCGCCGAGGCGGGAACUGACGGCAAGAUUGGUCGCAAUGCUAUGGGAUUAACCCAGGCUGUCGUCUUCCUUCUUGAGAUGCGCGGCAUUGCAAUCGCUGACCAGGAGUUCCAGCGACGCACUGCCGCCGGUCUGACCAUGCUGGGCAGUAUUGUCCAGACUGCUGCCGAUAAUGCUGAUGAGGUUCUCCAGACCGUCGAGGACGGCAUCAAAGAGUUCAUAGCAUCGGACGACGAUGUUAUCGUCACUGAUUACAGCAAGACUGAGAUCCGCCCCUUCGCUAUGGUCGACGUUAAGAAUGGUAGCAUAGUAUACCCUCCUGUACGCUUCGCAUCAACGACACCCUCCUUCGCUAACCUCACUCGCUCCCGCCCUGAGGCCUACCUGAUACCAGUGGCUUGGGCCGACCUCGCCGAGCGGCUUAAGGUGUCUGGUUUGGAAGUAGAGACGCUGGACAAGCCGUUUGAGGGGACGGUCGAGGCGCUAACUAUCACAUCCGCCGAGGUGGACACCUCCUAUUAUGAGGGCGUGAUUCGCGUGACAGUGACGACGGAGACCAGUGAGCGCGAGGUAAGGCUACCGGCGGGUAGCUUUCGCGUGAGCACAAGACAGAAGAAUGCGGCGCUGGCGAUGGUGGCGCUGGAGCCGGAGAACAUUGACUCCUACGUCUCGUUCAAUAUUGUGCCAGUGGAGGAGUCAGAUGAGUACCCAAUCUUCAGGAUAACGUCUUAG